AUGGAAGAGAAAGCUAGUAUCUAUCUCGUGGAUAACAUUCAUCCUAUUGGCAGAGAAGGAGAACUGAGGGAACUGAUACUGCAGUAUGAAAGGGUGUUAGAUUACUACAUUCCCUUACACAGAAAGCAGACAAGGCAUAGCAAGUUCGGUUUUUUCAGGUUCAAAAAUCUGAGAGAAGUGUUGGCAGUAAUCAGGGCACUAAAUGGCACCAUAUGGCAUGGAUGGAGACUGAUAGUAAAUCUAGCUAAGUACGAAAGGGGAGCAAGAAACAAUGCAGGCACCAAAGUAGCAAGCAAACAUGGCAGAUGGAAAAGUGCUGCUCCGAAUCAGUCCAGCUCGGGGAAGAAUAAGCCUCCUUACGCUGAAAUAGUCAAAGCAACAUCCGCAGAAACAAUGAGACAGAAAGCAUCAAAGAGAGAGAAGGGAGACUUGAAGAUAAGGACAAAGAAGAUUGAGACAAAGGAAGAAAUGAUGGGGAUGCUUGAAGAUGGAAAGGUGUGGCUGAGUGAGUGGUUUUUCUAG